AUGGCAUUACUAUUACUAUUCCUUGUAUGCCAACGUCAAUCAGGGCGCUUUUGGCUCCAGGUUCAGCGACGACCGUUCACUCAGAUUUCGCGUGCCUUGAAAAAUCCUAAUCCUAACCACCUCCCUCCACGCCCUACGCUCCCAGAUUCCGAACUCCAACACAACUACGUUAAAGGCUCUGGCCCCGGUGGGCAAAAAAUAAACAAAACAAAUUCUGCCGUGCAACUCACGCACAUUCCCACAGGCAUCGUCGUCAAGUGUCAGGCAACGCGGAGUCGGAGCCAGAAUCAUACGAUUGCCAAACGGAUUUUGGCGGAGAAAGUUGAAUUCCUAUUGAAAGGAGACGAAAGUCGUGUGAGUAAGGUGGCGGAGAGGAAGAGGAAGAAAAAGAAGAACGCAGGGAAAAAGAGGAGGAGGAAGUAUAGGCGAUUAGCAGCCGAGAAGGAGGGGGCGGUGAUUGAAGAAGAGGACGGGGAGGAAUGGGAGGAAGAUGAAGAUGACGAAGGCGAAGAGGAGGAAGAACAGAGAUCGGUGACGGGGAAGGAUACUAGUGAUGAGAAAAUACCGAAAGGCUGA